CAUUGGAAGAAGUGAUAAAGAAGAUGAAUCAUGUACAUGGUCUGAAGUAAGUAAAGAAGCUGAGGCACUCAUGCGAUUAAAUGAACAAACUUCAUGUUCAUCACCAAAAUCUGAUUAUUCGAAAGUGAAUAAAUCGUUCAAAGGAGUGAAAGACAAAGGCAAGCCAAAAUUUCCUUCCGUUUCAAGACUCAAAAGAAAGGACCCUCUUGCUUUUCUGUAUCUAAAAACGAAAGUGAUAUGUCAUUCAAGGUUCAACAAGUGCCUGAAAUGUUGAAGGCAAUUGGGCCCAGGACUGAAGAAUAUUUGGAUUCUGAGCUUAUUGAGGAUAUUCAAGGAGAAGAGGAAAAUCAGCUGGAGAUUGUUCCUGUUGACGUUAAUGAACUUGGGCAUGGAUCUAUUGAGCAGUCAAUGGCAGAGCUUUUAGAUGGCCUUCAAGAUAAGACAACUAUGCUGAGAGGAAGAUCUAAAAUGUAUCGUAGAAAAAGGCGUAAAAAGGCGCAGCCUGUUAUGAAGAUUAUAUCUUCACUUGGAGAUAGAGUUAUUGACAGUGAAAGCUCCCCUGAGCACUUAGGCCUGGGAUCGCCAAGUAAUAGCAAGCAGGCCGAUGAUCAAAUUCUGAAGCUUGAUAAACCGGAGGUAAAGAGGCAAACACUGGUAGAUCGCUUUCAAGAAGCUUUGAGUGACAGAGCCCUUGUUGCAGUGCCUAAACCAUUAAGAAUUGGAUUAUUUGGGCAACUGCAGCAGGUCGUGCAGAGUGAGAAAGAAAGUGAUACGGAAUUCUUGAAGAAUAUUGAGAAUGGAGCUAACCAAAAUGAACCAAGCUGCAUUGAUGUGAAAAUUCUUUCAAGAUAUUUGGAUGCGAAGUUGACAGUUUGCCACUGCUUGUUUGGAAACAAUGUAAAGCGCCUCCCAUGGCCAGAGAGCCCCAAGAAUACGGCGAACGAAGAAACAACAUGGACGGUUAUCUUCAAUCCAAGAGUUUGUGAUGAUGUUGACCUUGAAGUGGGCAAAUGCAUUCGUAUUCACCCCCCAUGGAAGGAGAUUCAUGUGGGGAAUGACAAAAGCAUUAUCUUAUCCGUGUAUUUCUCUGAGAUUUCAAUUUGACAAGAUACGGUUUCUCCACGACCAGGAUUGGUACGAUAUGUUCCAGCCUAACUUCAAAGUCCACCUCGCUCGAAGCUCAACAAUCAUCAAGCUUUACAUGGUAAGCGGGUUGAGUAUCAAUUGAAGGUGGUUAUCCACAACCUCCAUUCGGAUUUUGUAUUCAUGACGGAGGGAACUAUAUGCUGCCAGUGUCGGAGGGAUAUCGUCUGCUUGAACAUCGUUAUGGCGAUUCAAGUGGUGCAGCCAAUGAAGAAGUAUUUUGGCUUUGAAAUGAAUGCUGUAUUUGUGGGAUGAGUGGUUGGUUGGUGAGAUUUCUGGCUGCAGUUGGUAGCGAUCGCUUGAUCGUCAAUAGUUCUAGUGGUCCUGUAAUUCUGAUGGGAGCUGAUCCCGAUCCAUUAAAGUGUACACGAAUUAAUUGUCUGCUAAUUAACAGAUGAAUUUGUAAACCACUAUUAGUAAAUUUCGGAUUCGCUGAUUUGGCGGGUUUUAAA